AUUCAUUCUUUCGUUUAAUUUUGCAACGAGUGGACGGAAAAAAGUCUCGGUUCUCGCGAUCGCGGAUCGGUUUGCUGGGGUGUGUGUAGUUUUGCAACAUAGAAAAAAAAGUGUGUGCGUGCGUUUUUCUUUUAAUUUUCGAUCAUUUUUGUUUUUAUUUCGUCGCGAGAGUGCGGGAUUUACGCGUGAGAAAGGAGGUUCAACGAAGCGUGCGUAAAAGGCUAGAAAAGAAACGUGUGCGUGUUUGUGUGCAAUCUUUUCUGGCAGAUAUAAAGUGAAAUCAAAAAAUCAAUCUUGAUGUAGAUGUGAAACCAAAGUGCUCGAAGAACCCAAUCUAAGGUGAACUCGUCUCGAGUGCCCACGUGGAGGAGCUCAGCACUACCGCCCUCCCUCGCACAAUGGACAUUAUCGACGUCGACGACGUGCUCGGAGAUGACUCAUUUAUCGGCGACACGGAACGAUUGGAUGAUGAAGUGGAGGAAAUUUUAAAACAAUGGAAGUCAUCCAGCACAUUCCCUUCGUCAGAUGGCGCCACCACCUCCAGCAGCAGCAGCAAUAGUGUCGUUCCGACGGCAGGGUCAGCUUCCAACAGCUUUGGCUUUGGCGGCAGCACUAAUCACCAUCAUCAUCAGCAUCUCUACGGCAACAGCAGCAGCAGUAGUGGUGGCAACGGCUACGCCAACAACAACAACAGUUUCAACAGUGACAGCAAAGGCUUAAAAUACAUCGACACACGAACGUUUACGCGGCCAAAGAAAAAACUGGACUCGACGUUCAACGCGUCGAGCAACGUGUCCGCCGAGCUGGUUCCCGGAACGCACCACGAGCACACCAUCAAAAUGUCCUCGCCGCUGUUGAACCUGCAGAUUGGCGGUCCCGUCACGCUGUCCCCGACGCCGACGUCGGCCAACUCCAGCGCGAGUCACCUGAUGCAGAAGAGCUGGCUGAACGACGUGUCGCCGCCCGGUUCGAUCAUGUCGUCGAUGGAGUUCUCCGUCAACGAGAAGCUGGGCAGCAGUUUGAUUACGAGCGGGGACUUUACCAACGUGAGCUAUCUGCUCAAUGGGGCAAAUGGCGUCUCCGGGGGGGACGAAUCGGCGCUGAACAGUCACAGCAGUUACGACGGGUACCGGCUGGCGGACGUGAUAAAGGACCGCAAGUUUCUGGAGAAUCUGUCGUCCUGCUUUGACGAGAACACGAUGACGAAGGACUGUGCCAUCUCGAGGACGGACUUGAACGGCAUCGAGGAGGGGUCCGGGUUUAGUACGAUGCAGAGUUCACUGGAGAGUGUGACCGCCAAGGGUGGGAUUACGUCGAGUGGGGAUGCGACGAUGGUGCUUGAGAGUGGGAAGGCUGAUGCGACGUUCGAGUUGGAACCGGUGGCGGUGGCGCCGGCGGUGGUUGUCCGGGAGCGGUUGAACGGGACGUUCGAGAGGAGGCGUAACUUUGACACUUACCGUAAGCCAAAAUCUAGUCUGAACAGUACAUUUGACGCGCUGCCGAAGGUGGACGCCGACGAGCCGAUUCCGGUGGUCAACAAGACGUUCGAUGCCGGUACGGAUGGGGACAACCUGUUGGAUGCUACGUUUGGAGUAGCGGUGGCGACGGACAACUGCAACGGAACGUUCUCGUUGAACAGGACGGCUAGGGUGAACGGAGGUGCGGAGAAGCAGCUGAACCAGACGUACGAGUACUGUGAAAAAGCUUCACCGGCGGUUGCCGACCGAACGUUCGAGGCGCGCCGAAACGGGACGUUUGUGGAGGACGUGGGAAGUCCGGCCAACCGAACUCCAAACGGAACGUUUGAGUUACCGGCGGAGGACCGGCUGGGUGAAGCCUUAGAGCUGGUCCAGUCGACUCCGUUCGUGCAAGUGCCUAGGGCGAAGCGAGUCAGCGGAAUCAGCGAGUACGAAGUAAACUGUUCACCGAUAGCAGUCGCGCCCCGCCUCUCCCAAGCGGUACGACGAAGUCGCAACCUGGAACAGGACAUGGCCGCCAGCGUGAGCCACCUGGAGACGGACGACUUUGACGUCGAGUUCCGCAAACUUCCAAUCACCCCCAACGCAAAGACUGAAAGCGGCGGCUCGCACCUGCUGGACAACAACGAGAAGCGCAUCUCGCUGCAGCACUUUGAAGAGUUCGAAAAGUCCAUCAUGGAGAGCGAACACAACGGGCUGGACUUUGACGAGAUGCUCAACUCGCUGACGUCGGACGUGCGGCGAGCGACGGACAGCAGCGUCAAGCUGCGCCAAUCGCUGGACAAUAUCAAGAAGCGCCACUCGCGCAUCAACACCGAAAAGCAGCAGCAGGAGGAACACCGCAAGCGGGGGACGACCGAGCUGAACGACUCGACGACACCAACGACGGCGUCACCCCUGGACAAUAAGCUGGCGGACUCGAUGAUUCGCAGCAUGUCGUCUUCGGGCGGCAGUGAAAGACUGUUAAACCGUAGAAGUAGGUACAACGACGAUGUCCACCUGACAUUGUCGCCGCAGCAGCAACUGCAAAAGAGCGUAACCGAGCAGCAGCAGGAAGUGGAAACGAACGAAUCGAAUCGAACGGCGACGGAAAGCAACGCGAAUCCAGCUCCUACUGCACCAGAGGUAGGAGGUAGCGAUAAGAAGAAUCGGGACCGAUUCAAGACGAUUCGAAUCAGCAAACGGCGCGAAGAGGGCAUGGUCGUCGUUGAACCAGGCGAUGACGAUGGCUUUGCGGCCGCCGAAUCGGCUGCCCUUCCGGUGGAGGAAGAGCUGCCCGGUUCGCCGCAGGUCGUACCGAUCGCCAGUGCCUUUGGCCGUGUGGACUACAAUUCGCCGAAAGAGAGUCGACUGGCGGCGGAGCAGAACAAGACUGAGGAAGCGGCGGUCUUCAAGCGACCGCAGCUCGUGGGAGGCAUUCCCAAGGCGGAGAGCAAGAUCCGAUCGCUGUCCAAGCCACGGAGCUAUUACGGCGCAACGCCUUCGGCCGGUGGCUUCGGCUUGAGGCCCAAAGACCUGUCGCUUCCCCUCUCCGCCAAGUCGAGCUCAACGGACAAUCUGGAGAACGACCGGCCCAACUACCAGCAGCCGCCGCCGCCGGGCCGACUGUCCCUGGGCGGGAAGCUCGGUGGCAGUGGCGGCGUGGGUCUCAACAGCCGUGGACCGGCAGUACAAUCGAACCUCAAGUCGCCGAUGGGAACCAAGUCAAAGUCUCACCACAAUCUGUACUUUAACCAAUCAGGCAGCAGCCUGGGAGGUUCCAACAGCAGCCUCCACAGGAUUCCCGCCGGUUCGCUCGGUCUGUCCGCACAAAAACUGUCGCACAACAAUAGCAACACGGAGCUGAAAAAUAACACUUCCAAGCUGCAGCUGCAGCUGCUGCGAGGGCCUCGGGCCAGCUCGCUGGUGCGUCCCGUUGCCGCGUCCAUGCAAAGCCCCGUCCCGGAGCUGACCUCGCCCCCCAAUGGGUGCUACGAGCCGCCGAGCGCGUCCCUGCUCAACAACAGUAUUACCAACGCGAACUCGAGUCUAUCGGGUGUGCAGAUGCGGGCACCGAAGGCCGGCGGUGUCGCUGCUGCCGCGGCCUCCCGACUGGGAGGGCUAGUACGGCCCUCGUCCGGCUACUUUAGCUACAGCAGUUCGCACAAGAAGGUCGUCGACUCGGACACCGAAUCAAUCAAUAGCCUCUCAUCGUCAUCGGCUAGCUCUAGGGGAAGCUUGUAUCGCGUAGAUAGUCAAACCAUAGCUAACAAUGUACAAACCGGCGGAACCGCGCCCAGCGUCGAGGACAUCAGCUUCGGCCUCAAGGCCAGCCUAAUCGAACCAAACCGAACGACGGGACUGAAGGCACCCACAGCAACGGCGCCGAAACCUUCCGGACUGCGGCCACCGUCGCAGCUGCGACCGCCCACCGCUCGGAGCGGACUUCCGCGGCCAACCAGCUACGUGCGGAGAUAAACCGCGUCGUCGUCGUCGUCGUAAGUUUAUGUUUUUAGUUUUCUUUUUUGUUUUGCUUUCCCCGGGCGCGACUAAAUUGUACAUUCUGGAAAGAGAAAAAAGGUUCUUCGAGAAACUUACGCAGGGUUUUUUUUAAAACUAGCCUUUUUGUAGCCAAUUAUGUCGAUUUACUCUCUUUCAAUUGUGAAUUUAAAUGUGCGCAUUGGAAGCCUUAUUUAAAAAAUGUUACAUAUUUCAUACAAUUUUAAACGCGCGCUCUUUAAAAUUUCGCAGCUCUUCACGACAAGAGAUUAACUUUUGUUUUAAUAGCUUUUGUUUUCGUUUCGACAAACAGGGACAUUUUUAAAUUUGUUGCGUUUUCAAUCAAGUGCUCUUUUGAACAACCCCUUUUUUGCCUCCGUGUAACACGUGACACGCCUCACGAUCGAAUAGUUUUUUUUUAGUUGUUUUUAAAAGCAAAGUUUAUAUUUAACAAAAUCCUGUGUUUAAAACGCCUACGCCUUAACCGAACCAUUAAAUGUUUCAUUAAUUGCCAUUCUGAUCUACUACACUGUAAGUAACACUCGUUUGUUAAAUGAAGUAAAAAAAAAGAAGAAGCAAGAUCGUGUUCUUGUCUUUCGCGGUAACCAUUAUUGCAUUUCGUAUUCUUUUUCCUCUUUCGAACCUAUCCUUAGUCGUAGAUCAAAAAACAAACAAAAAAACAACACUCGAUUCGUCUUAGUCUUAGUCUAUGUGAUACAAGUGUAAGCAAGCUCUCCUCGGUUCAAAAUUUUACUCGUUAUUCUUACCAUUAAAUAUCGCGUCUGUAAAUCGCCUGUUAGAUUUUAAGUUUACAAAAGUAUCGAUCCGAAUCCGACCCCCCCUUGUAUUAUGUUUGAGAAAGUCGCACACGCGCAAAGACUCGAUAAUUCCUCUACAAUACAUAUGCAUACUGAAAUUACUACAUAGGAAUUGAACAAAAAAAAAACGAGAAGUUAAAAGACUUACGAACAAACAAAUA